CUCGAGACGGCAGAAACAUGGUGCCAGCCGCGGGGGCAGGCACGUGGGCCCUGGAUCAGGAGCCUGCCGUUACCCCUGCCGGUUUGGGCCAACGACGAGUCACCAGCCCUGACCUUUCCCACGGUCGAACAAUAUGAGGAACUAGCAGGCAGCGUUGAACUCGAAACGCAACGUCUGUUGCGUGAGCAUCGCUAUGACACCGUCGGCAACUUCCUUAGACUUUACGAAGAGUUCAAAGUGAGCGGAGAAACUUCGCUGGAACGCUUCUAUCGCAAGUAUCAGCCAGUGAUAACCAACGAACACCAUACAUGCGUAGGUCUUGGCUUUGAGUUACUGCGACGUUUGUGCAGUCUUAAUGAGAGAUUUCCUGGCAUAGCCAGUCGUCUGUACUUGGUAUCCUGUGAAGAGACAAUCGGUGACAUUGCUGGGUACGUCGGUGGCGCACCAGCUGCUGACAGUGGCGAGAAAGAACAUGUCUUGGUCUGUCUGAAAAUUGAGAUAAACGGUCGUCGAGGAGUAUUGCUUCUUGACCCUGGUUACCAUGUUGCGCGUGUCGUCACCGUGAUGGCAGAUAAGCUGUACCCGCACUCUGGAUGGUUUACGCAAUCUGAGGAACCAAACUGUAAAAAAGAGUACAAUUACACCUUGUGUACUAAAGAUUCUGACUACGUUGAAUGGCAUGAAAGAGAAAACCGUCCAGGAGUUCAAGAGAGAACACAGGUUGCCCUUAUCUACGUUGCAAGGCCAUAUUUAACCGCUAUUGACGUUACUGAGCGACGAAACUUAGUCUACAACUUCAGGAGUCUACUUGCCAGGGACACCAAAGGUCAUGUUACCGCCGGAAUUUACUUUCCAGUCACAAUCGAGAUCAACAAGACACAUUCGUUUACCAUCUUUUAUCAGACAAGCAAUGGAAAAAAACGCCUGAAAAUGCCGUUCAGUAAAUUCGAUGGCUCACCUAAGACCUCCAAAGACAUCGAGGAAUCAACAAUUCUAAUGGAAUGUGCACGCCAGAUGGGUCUAACGCAUGAGAAACUGGAAGGUCUUCUAGCCAGUCUUGCCAAAGUUAUGUGCGAUACACAGUAUAUUGCACAACUUUUAACCAUCAAUGCAAGAAUCAAUACCUUGGCUGAAGACAAUUAACAGAGGCCGCUCCACCCAAAGAGGUGUCAGCAACAAAACUUAAAAGAUUAUCAUUUUUUCUGCCAGCUUUCCUCUUUUGUUCUUUUUUUAUUAUUUACUAUUGUUUCUUUAUACAAAUUCUUUUAAACAAUGACCACAAGCCAGUCAGAGACUGAGUGACUCUUAUUUUUCUUUUAUUAACACUUGUUAUAAUAUUUGGGCUUUGCACUUUGGUUGGGUUAUUAUAAUUUUCUUUAUUGUAUUUUAUUUCGUUAAAUUUCAUUGUUCAAUGGAAAUGUUAACUGUCAUCGAAUAAUAUUUAUAACUAUUUUCUGCACUCUUAUAAUUGGCCGUGAUUUAGAUUUGCCAAACUAAAAUCGAAAUUCAUCCUCCAAAUGUGAACGGCUUAAUUGAUACUGACAUUUUAGCAAAUCAGGUGUACGAUAAAAUUUAAUAAGCAUGACCAAAGAAAC